ACGUGAUCGUUUUACGCGCCAAAUUGACUGAACGACGCUAAGAUGGAAGGUUUCGAUGAUCCAGGAGUCUUUUUCAGUGAUGAUUGGAAUGCUCAAGAUAGGCAGAAUGCUGGAGAUGAUUCUAGGCAACACUCUAAAGGAGAAUUUAGGGAUUUUUUGCGCAAUUUUCAUGAAGGAAAUUUCAAUUAUACAUACAGAGAUGAAUUGAAACGUCACUACAAUGUUCGUGAAUAUUGGCUAGAGGUUAAAAUCGAGGAUGUUAUCAAUACUAAAAAAGAAUUGGCUGAUAAGCUGAUGAAACAACCUACAGAAUUCCUACCACUGUUUGAAGAAGCGGCAAAAGAAGUUGCUGAUGAAAUUACUAGACCAAGGCCUGAGGGAGAAGAGGAAGUUCAAGAUAUUCAAGUCAUGUUGAAAACAAACUGGAAUCCUUCGAGCUUAAGAGAAUUAAAAUCGGAUAAUAUAGCAAGAUUGGUGAAAAUUUCAGGAAUUGCUAUAGCUGCAUCAACUAUUAAAGCAAAGGCCACAAAAAUUACUAUUCAAUGCAGAAGUUGUCAGAAUUUUCUCAAUAAUAUUAAUGUAAAACCUGGUUUAGAAGGCUAUGCCCUACCAAGAAAAUGUCCAACAGACCAGGCUGGAAGACCAAAAUGUCCUGUUGAUCCAUUUUUCAUUGUUCCUGAAAAAUCUGAAUGUAUUGAUUUUCAAACAAUUAAAUUACAAGAAGUACCAGAAGCUGUUCCACAAGGAGAAUUACCGAGACAUGUCCUUUUGUUCUGCGAUAGAUAUCUUUGUGAUAGAGUUGUCCCAGGAAACAGGAUAACUAUUAACGGCGUUUAUUCGAUUAAGAAAAUGGGAGCUGGUGGUAGAGGUGGUAAAGAAAAAGGAACUAUUGGAACAAGAAGUCCGUAUAUAAGAGUUCUAGGUAUACAAAUUGAAAAUAUUGGACCAGGAAGAUCUGGAACAGUUCCAGUUUUGGCAGAAGACGAGGAAGAGUUUAGAGCUUUGGCCCAAAGCCCUAAUUCUUACGAAAGAGUUGCAAAUAGCAUCGCUCCAAGUAUUUUUGGUAGUUCCGACAUUAAAAAGGCUAUUGCCUGUUUAUUAUUUGGCGGUAGUCGAAAACGACUUCCUGAUGGUUUGACUAGAAGAGGCGAUAUUAAUCUUUUAUUGUUGGGAGAUCCUGGAACGGCUAAAUCUCAAUUGUUGAAGUUUGUCGAAAACUGUUCACCAAUUGGCGUAUAUACUUCAGGUAAAGGUUCCAGUGCAGCUGGUUUAACCGCAAGCGUAAUGAGAGAUCCAAGUACUAGAAACUUUGUAAUCGAGGGUGGAGCAAUGGUUCUUGCUGAUGGUGGUGUGGUUUGUAUCGAUGAGUUUGAUAAAAUGAGAGAAGAUGAUAGAGUUGCUAUUCACGAAGCUAUGGAACAACAAACUAUAUCAAUAGCUAAAGCGGGAAUCACUACAACAUUAAACUCUCGUUGCAGUGUAUUAGCAGCUGCAAAUUCAGUAUUUGGAAGGUGGGAUGAAACAAAAGGAGAGGAGAACAUUGAUUUUAUGCCAACAAUUUUAUCAAGAUUCGAUAUGAUAUUCAUUGUUAAAGAUGAACAUAACGAAUCAAGAGAUGCUACACUAGCUAAGCACGUAAUAAAUGUUCAUAUGAAUAUAUUAGAUGAGGAAGAACGCAGAGGAGAGUUGGAUUUAAAUUUUUUGAAGAAGUUCAUCACCUACGCUCGAAAUAACUGUGGCCCGAGGCUAAAUUCAGCUGCUGCAGAAAAACUUAAGAAUCGUUACGUUCUCAUGAGGAAUGGAGCUAGCGAACAAGAAAGAGAUUCUACUAAGAAAAGUUCUAUACCAAUUACAGUUCGUCAACUGGAAGCUGUAGUUCGAAUUUCGGAAUCAUUGGCUAAAAUGCGUUUAGCGGCGUUCGCAACUGAAAGCGACGUUGAUGAAGCUCUAAGACUGUUCCAGGUAUCAACUCUGGACGCAGCCAUGACCGGUAGUUUAUCUGGAGCAGAAGGAUUUACAACGGAUGCUGAUCAAGAAUUACUAUCUCGUAUAGAAAAGCAAAUGAAGAGGAGAUUCGUUAUCGGCUCCCAAGCGUCCGAACACGCUAUAGUUCAAGAUUUUGUCAGACAAAAGUAUCCAGAGAGAGCCGUGCAAAAGGUUCUAAAUUACAUGCUUAGAAGAGGGGAACUACAAUAUAGAAUGCAAAGGAAGAUGCUCUAUCGUGUAAAAUGAGCAUUGAUAAUGUUCUUGUCUGUGUGUAAUUUCUUUUUUUAUACGAAGAUACGAAGAAACUUUAGAUCAUAGGAUUUUUUUUUUACUAACAUUAUCCCUUUCAUAACUUUGAAAGUUUAUUAUUAUAAUAUUUUAUUAUAAAAACCUAUCGUAUAUCAUAUAAUACACAGU